AUAUGGGCAUUGAAUCGGGCCCGGGUUCCCUCUAAUUUCUAAUCCCCUCUCCAUUUUAUAACUCACUUAAAAACCCUAGCGUUCACUGGUAGCUACUUGCAGAGGCCAUUGAAGGACGAAAUGCCAGGGCCUACCCAGGAGAUGGAGCCAGUGGAGCCACAGUCCGUGAAGAAGCUUAGUUUUAAAUCCCUAAAGCGCGCGCUCGAUCUCUUCUCUCCAAUUCACGACCAGCUAGCUCCUUCCGAUCCCGAAAGUAAAAAUAUUCGCUUGAGCCACAAGAUAAAUGCUGAGUACAAAGGAAUUAAAAGCUCAAAUGAACUUCCAAGACCAGUUAUUUCUACUACAACCGAUCGUGGCAAUCAAUCUUCAGUGCCUUCGAAUGUUCUCGCUCUUCCAGGGCCUGAUGAUUCUAGGGACUCGCAGAAGGGUGCGGCUCAAAAUGCAUUGGUUGUUGGUCCAUCUGUGCAACCGAAGGGACCAAAUGACCUUGGGCCACAGGGCAAAAGCACUGCAGUGAUUUCUGGUCUUGGAUCAUCUGAAAGGUUCUCUACAUCUGCUAUAAUGGAAAGGAUCCCAAGCAAAUGGCCACGUCCUGUGUGGCAUCCUCCAUGGAAGAACUACAGGGUCAUAAGUGGCCAUUUGGGAUGGGUGAGAUCUAUCGCAUUUGAUCCAAGUAAUUCAUGGUUUUGUACUGGUUCUGCAGAUCGCACAAUUAAGAUAUGGGAUGUAGGAAGUGGAAGGUUGAAGCUCACAUUGACUGGACACAUUGAACAAAUCCGAGGUCUUGCUGUCAGCCAAAGACAUACCUAUAUGUUUUCUGCUGGUGAUGACAAACAGGUGAAAUGCUGGGACCUUGAACAGAACAAGGCUGUCCGGUCUUAUCAUGGCCAUUUAAGUGGUGUCUAUUGCUUGGCUCUUCAUCCCACUAUUGACCUUUUGCUAACUGGGGGGCGUGACUCUGUUUGCCGGGUCUGGGAUGUUCGAACAAAAGUUCAAGUUUUUGCACUGUCUGGGCAUGAUAAUACAGUAUGCUCAGUUUUUACUCGACCAACGGAUCCACAAGUCGUCACUGGUUCCCAUGACACAACCAUUAAAUUCUGGGAUCUAAGAUAUGGUAAGACUAUGUUAACACUCACACACCACAAGAAAUCUGUUCGAGCCAUGGCACUGCAUCCUACUGAGAAUUGCUUUGCCUCUGCAUCAGCUGACAACAUAAAGAAAUUCAGCCUUCCAAAGGGAGAAUUCUUGCACAACAUGCUCUCUCAGCAGAAAACAAUCAUCAAUGCAAUGGCUAUCAAUGAGGAUGGUGUAAUGGUUACAGGAGGUGAUAAUGGGAGUCUGUGGUUCUGGGAUUGGAGGAGUGGUCAUAAUUUCCAGCAAGCCCAAACAAUUGUACAGCCUGGCUCAUUGGAUAGUGAAGCUGGUAUUUAUGCACUCUCAUAUGAUAUAACUGGUUCAAGGCUUGUUUCAUGUGAGGCAGACAAGACUAUUAAAAUGUGGAAAGAGGAUGAAACUGCAACCCCAGAAACUCAUCCCCUCAACUUCAAGCCACCUAAAGAUAUCCGGCGGUUCUAGUGGUGAUGUUGCUUUUUCGGUAUUUCACAGGUUGGUGAUAUAUCAUAUGAAAACAUGGCAAAUGGGGUUCUUGUUGGUCUACAUAAAUGAACAUGGGGUUAAAUAUAACUUUCUCAACAUUGAUAGAGCAGAAUCGGAUGGAACUACACAAUCGUGUUUCUGUACAAGCACGUAGCAUGAUGUAUCAAAUACCGAGUCGUUUUGUGAUCUUGAAGCUACCAAAAAGAAUGUAAAUUUUUACGUCACCCCAUGUAACUAGCAUAAAAUCCCAAAUUCGGGAACGAGAUUGUAUUAGUUGUUUCCAAGAAUUUAUGUAUUAGUGCGUUCCUUUUGAUGGAUCAAGUAGUGUGAUGAUUCAUAAUUCCUGUCUAUGAUAUUUAACUUGGAUAUUCCAACCUGAUACAGUGAUACCUUUAACUUCGCAA